AUGAGCUCGAUGAAAUAUGUCUCCCGCGACAGCGGCAUAUACCACAGCUUGCCUCAGUUUGAUCCGAAGCUGACUGGUCUCUCGGCUCUCAUAGCUGGAGCAAACGGUAUUUCCGGGUUCAAUACAUUACGAGCCCUAUUGGAUUCCCCACAGCGAUGGGCAAAAGUGUUUACAUUGUCGAGACGACCAUUGCCCACUGAAAUGAUGGAUCUCAUUCCGGCGGAGCUUCGCAAUCGAAUCCAACAUAUUUCGUGCGACUUGCUAGCCGAGCCUGAGGAUAUUGCCCAAGUCCUCAAGUCGGCUGAAGUUCAAGUGGACUAUAUCUUUUUCUAUGCCUACCUGCAACCUAGACCACCCCCGGGUGAGCCAGCAUGGUCCAAUCAGCAGGAGCUACUUGAAGUCAACUCGGCACUACUUCGCAACUUCCUCGAGGCGAUCCCGCGAGCUGGUGUCCAGCCAAAAAGAUUUCUCCUCCAGACAGGAGCAAAGAAUUAUGGGCCGCACAUUGGCCGCGCCCGUACUCCGAACGUGGAAUCCGACCCUCAGCCUCGUCACUUGGGUCCAAAUUUCUACUAUGCUCAAGAAGAUCUAUUGUUUGAAUACUGUGAGAAGUAUAGUGUUGGAUGGAACGUUAUCCGGCCACCAUGGAUUAUCGGCUCGGCCAUGACGGCCCAGUUGUGCGCCUUGUACCCGUUUGGAGUCUAUGCAGCGGUCGCCGCAGAGCGAAGCCUACCUCUACGCUUUCCGAACUCUUGGUCUUUCUGGCAACAGAAUUGUUCUCACUUUGGGACUGCCCUGUUGACUGGAUAUCUCAGCGAGUGGGCUGUUUUGGAGGAUAAGUGCAAGAACCAGGCUUUCAACAGCCACGAUACAAGUCCCAUUUCCUGGGAUCGUAUAUUUGCAGAAUAUGUGAGGUGGUUUGGUGUUGAAAAAGGCGUUUUGCCGCCUCCUGACGGCGAGACCGGACUACUUCAGCUAAAGCUGAAUGAUGGGAAAGACUCCCCAAUGGGGUAUGGUCCGCCCCUUACCGAGAAGAUGUCUUUCACCAUACUCGAUUGGGCUCAUGACCCGGAAAACCAGAAAGCCUGGAAGAGAAUUCAAGAAAGAGAGCAUAUAAACUUUGACCCUUUUGAGGAUAUCGAAGGAAAUUUCACAUUUGCUGACACUGUGUUUAUAACCUUUGGGCCUCUGAGUAUGAGCAAGGCGCGAAGGCUGGGGUGGACUGGAUUUGUGGACACAAUGGAAAGUAUCUUCGACAUGUACCAAGAAAUGCAUCUACUGGGAAUGCUACCAAGCCUGAAAGUUAGUGAGGCUUUGCCCCUGAUAUGA